GUUUACUUAGUCACGACUCAAGUAAGACGACAGCAGCGACAUCUUUAUAUUCAACAACUGAAAUAAAAAUCUUUCAAUCAUGAAAAUGGCUGAUACUCCGGCAGUUGUUCGUCGCAAUCGACCUGGCACAAAAUUUGAGAUUCAGCAUGUAGGGGCUCCCAGACAACCAGUCCUAAACUCUGUGAUGGUCAAAAGACUUUGAUGAAUAGGAAAAGAGCUUUGAUGGACACCUACCUUCACUCUAAAUUCAUCACUGAAAUCAAAUGGUGCCAUUGGCCUGAUGAAUCCUUUGAUGAGAUGGAAAGUACUCUUGCAGUUCAACAGUUUAUCCAACAAUCUAUACGUAAAGAUGUAACAAACAUAGAUGCCAUCCUCACUCCCCCUGAAGGUCAAGAAGAAGGUGUGUGGAAAUAUGAGCAUCUAAGGCAGUUCUGUAUGGAGCUCAAUGGACUUGCUGUUAAACUGCAGAAUGAAUGUAAUCCAGAUAGCUGUACCCAGAUGACUGCCACAGAACAAUGGAUAUUCCUGUGUGCUGCACAUAAGACCCCAAAAGAGUGUCCUGCUAUUGACUACACAAGACAUACAUUAGAUGGAGCUGCUUGUCUAUUAAAUAGCACUAAGUAUUUUCCAAGCCGGGUCAGUAUAAAAGAGUCAUCCGUAGCCAAGCUCGGGUCUGUUUGUAGAAGGGUCUAUCGAAUAUUUUCUCACGCUUAUUUUCAUCACAGAAUGCUGUUUGACAAAUUUGAGAAUGAGACUAAUCUUUGUAGACGGUUUACCACAUUUGUUACCAAAUAUAAUCUGAUGCCGAAGGACAGUCUGAUAGUACCAAUUCUGGAAGACCAGGCUUCUCUGAAUGGGGAGAGCGAAGCUUGAUUUGAAAAA